GGUUUAUAUUAAGUGUAUUUGAAUUUACAGCCUAGCAAUAGUUCCUAGUUUCACCCAAAAAAAAUCUUUGAAUUUAUCUUUCCUUAUUUUCCAAAAUUACUUUACAAUUUUGAAAUCUUUUUCACCCGUAUCUUCAUCCGAAGAUGGAAAUUUCAUAUUAAAUUUUGGAAGUAUAUAUUUACAUUUUUUUUCUUCAUUUCCUGGAUAACAACAAACCAACGUUAAUAUAUAAUUUAGAUUCUCUAGUUUUAACAAUCAGGUCCUAUAAAUAAAGCACCAAUCCACCACCUUUUGUAUUCAUUCAUCAUCUCAUCUCCCUGUCGGCCUUUUAGAAUAUUCUGCCAACUAUGUCGAAGAAGAUCAUCCUCGAGAGCUCCGAAGGCAAAUCUUUCGAGGUCGAUGAAGCCGUUGCGCUCGAGUGUCAGACGAUCAAGAACAUGAUCGAGGACGACUGCACCGAUGGCGGAAUCCCUCUUGCAAACGUCAACAGUGCAACCCUCGCCAAGGUUAUCGAGUACUGCAAGAAACACGUCGAAGCAGCCGCCGAAGCCCACGCCGGAGACAAAGACACCUACGGUGCUAACGAAGACAUCGAGCUCAAGACUUGGGACGCCGAUUUCGUCAAAGUCGACCAGCCUCUCCUCUUUGAUCUCAUGCUUGCUGCAAACUUUCUGAUCAUCCCUGGACUUCUUGACCUAACGUGCAAGACUGUGGCCGAUAUGAUGAGAGGCAAGACUGUGCUUCAGAUUCGCGAAAUCUUCCACAUCAAGAAAGACUACACAGAUGCGGAAGAAUCUGAGGUUCGCAAGGAGAAUGCAUGGGCCUUUGAGUGACUUGAAGUUGUGCUAUGCUGUUUCUUUUCUCUUUUGGUUUGAAUAAUUGAGUGUGUAACAAACCUUAUUUCUCUUUUAUUAUAUAUAUGGUUUAUGAAAAA